AUGUUUAAUCUCUGGGGGAGUUCUCAACAAGAUCAACAGACCAAAGAUGCUCAAGCUGAAUCCAAGAUAAAUGAGCUCAAGGUUGCAAUUGGACCUUUAUCAGGAAACAAAUUGAAGUACUGCAAUGAUGCUUGUUUGAGGCGAUACCUAGACGCUCGCAACUGGAAUGUUGACAAGUCGAAAAAGAUGUUGGAAGACACACUUAAGUGGAGAUCAGUCUAUAAGCCCGAGAAAAUCCGCUGGGACGAGGUUGCAGAGGAAGGGGAGACAGGGAAAGUUUAUAGAGCGGGUUUUCAUGACAGACAUGGAAGAACUGUUCUUAUUUUGAGACCUGGAAUGCAGAACACUUCUUCAUUGGACAAUCAGAUUAAGCAUCUUGUGUAUCUUUUGGAAAAUGCUAUGCUUAAUCUUCCACCAGGUCAAGAACAAAUGGCUUGGUUGAUAGACUUCACUGGGUGGUCAAUAACCAACAACGUGCCACUCAAAUCCGCUAGAGAGACUAUCAGUAUUCUACAGAAUCACUAUCCUGAGAGGCUUGGAAUAGCUUUUCUUUAUAACCCUCCUCGAAUUUUCGAAGCUUUUUGGAAGAUAGUGAAGUAUUUCUUGGAUAGCAAGACAUUUCAGAAGGUGAAAUUUGUGUAUCCGAAGAAUAAAGAUAGCGUGGAGCUCAUGAAAUCUUAUUUUGAUGAGGAAAAUCUUCCAAGUGAACUAGACUUUUGGGGUUCUGAAGAAAAACUCUCAAACCACAUGCAUUGUGCAGCAGAAGUUGCUCCAGAAGUUGCUAUCUGA